CUGAAGUGCGUGAAUUUCAUACCAAACCCAUACUUCGCAUUCCACCUUUACUGUCAAACCGGGAGAAAUAUUACUGAAAACAAUACAGCACCAAGAUAAAUAUAACGUUAAAGAAAUAAACCUCGUCCAGUUCUAUCGGUAGAGGUGUUUGCCAAUAAAGGGAAUUGUCAGAGAGAAGCGACAGAAGUGUUUGGAGAGAUCUCUCACCCCGUUUUCUACGUUAUCAGAAAUUGCGUAGCGUGGGGGCUCGUGGCAGGGCCCGGUAGGAGCCGGCACCAUUGCGUCCAACAAGUGGAGUGCCAACGGCAGCCCGGAGCAGGGGCUGGAGGAUGGAGUUGAUGAGCUGGACAAGGCCAUGGAUGGAGACGCCGAGGGAGUUUGGAGUCCCGACAUCGAGCAGAGCUUUCAGGAGGCACUGGCUAUAUAUCCACCCUGUGGCAGGCGCAAGAUCAUCCUGUCAGACGAGGGCAAGAUGUACGGUCGCAAUGAGCUUAUUGCCAGAUAUAUCAAGCUGAGAACAGGCAAAACCCGCACAAGAAAACAGGUAUCUAGUCACAUACAGGUGUUAGCGCGGAAGAAAGUUCGAGAGUAUCAAGCAGGUAUAAAGGCAAUGAACUUGGAUCAAGCGUCCAAAGACAAGGCUCUCCAGAACAUGGCAGCACUUUCCUCCGCUCAGAUCGUGUCCCCUAGUCUAAUCAAAAGCCCUCUUCCGCCUCUUCCGCAGUCCCCCUACCCCCCGUCUGCACGGUUCUGGCCGACCCCCAUCCCCGGCCAACCCGGACCCUCUGAGGAGCUGGUUCUUAGGCACAAUCCAGGAAGAAGUCCUGGGCUUGGCCGCACCAGCUACGCCAUCAAGCCAUUUGCACAAACUCCUUACCCAAACCUUUCAGGACCUGUUCAACCACCCUUAUCAUAUGAGCCCCUGGCCCCUCCUCUCCCGCCGGUUGCCACCGCAGUGCCCGUGUGGCAGGAUCGCACCAUCGCCUCCUCCAAACUGCGUCUUCUGGAGUACUCUGCGUUCAUGGAGGUCCCGCAGGAUCAGGACUCUUACAGCAAACACCUGUUUGUUCAGAUUGGCCAGACCAACCCCUCGUACAGCGACCCUCUGCUGGAGGCGGUGGACAUCCGACAAAUCUACGACAAGUUCCCCGAGAAGACGGGAGGACUCAAGGAGCUGUACGAGAAGGGCCCUCAAAACGCCUUCUUCCUCGUCAAGUUUUGGGCGGAUCUGAACAACAGCGGCUUUCAGGAUGGACCGGGCUCCUUCUACGGGGUCAGCGGUCAGUACAGCAGCUCAGAGAACAUGACCAUCACCGUCUCAACCAAAGUCUGCUCUUUCGGGAAGCAAGUGGUGGAAAAAGUGGAGACCGAGUACGCUCGUGUCGAGGGAGGGAAGUGUUUGUAUCGAAUCCACCGCUCUCCCAUGUGUGAAUAUAUGAUCAACUUCAUCCACAAGCUCAAGCACCUGCCUGAGAAAUACAUGAUGAACAGCGUAUUAGAAAACUUCACCAUCUUACAGGUGGUGACCAACAGAGAGACCCAGGAGACUCUUCUGUGUAUAGCGUUUGUAUUUGAAGUGUCGAUGAGUGAACACGGGGCACAAUACCACGUCUAUCGGCUCAUUAAAGACUAGCGCUCGCCGCUGCCAGACUUCGGUUACUUUGCACAGUCCCUCCGUCACACGUAUGGAGGAAUCUGACAAAUUGUCCAAACAUCGGAGGAAUACGCCAAAAUGUUACAAAAAACACUAAUGAUUUGCUUUAGUUUUAAACCUGGUAAAGAAUUUGAGUCUUUGAGGACAUAAAAAAAAUAUAGUAUUACUCUGUUUAAAAAAAAAAAAAAAAUCAAAAAACACUUUUUUGUAUUUGUUUUUUAAUGUCUUAAAUACAAAAUGGGUCAUUUUGGUUUUGUUGCAUAUACAGAUCAAAGAUGUCUUUUAAGCUUUGUUAUGUCUCCACGGAGGGAAUGUGAAUGUGUUUGGAUGGGAAGGAAUGUCAUGAAAGACGAUGUGUGCCAUUUAUGCAGCAUUUUACGGUGAUUUAAGGGUGAAUCUCACAUAGAAAUGUCUCUUUUUACCCUAAAAUCAGAAGAAAAAAAUCUACACCUAAUAUAUACAUAUUUUAAAUAAAGAAAAUUAAGGCUAUUUUAGGACAAAUUUUGCAUGUCAUUUUCAUGAUGUACCCCCUCCCAAUUCUUAUUAUAAAGCAAGAGAAAAUACUAUUCUCAUUAAUCCAAAAUUUUUAAAAUGAAAAUUAGCACAAAUGCAAUGCUUUUCUGCUUUACAGUAAAAAAAUAAAAAUUAUAUUGAAAUUUUGUCAAUAUAAUGUCAUGAUGCAAAAAAACAUUGUCCCAAAAAUAAGCUUGUUUUCUUUAUGCAUUUUUUUUUUCAUAAAGAAAUAUAUUAUCUUUUAUUCUUUUGAUUUUGGGGUGAAAUAUGACCUGGAUGUGUUUGUGAGGUUUACCUGAUUUGUAAAUGAGGACCAGGUCGGUCGGCCAGCGGAGGGUUUGUGUUCAUCUUUCUAAAGGACAAACAUACUGUAAACACUGCAGUUAGAUAUCAGGAAACCAAUGCCUUUAUUCAGCUGAAUUACUGCGGAUGUUACUAGUUUCAUCAGCUGUCCUUUGAACAAGAGAAAAGGCGUCAGAAAGCAUUUUGCAGGUACUAAAGGAUUUUGAGUAGUUGACCCAAAUGUGAGUGCCUUUCUUCAAAGAAACACAAAUAGAUUGAUACUCUGAAGUGCCUUUUGACUACCUCUUGACGUGAAAUAGUAGGAAUAGAUAAAGCGAUCAAUUUCUUUGUUACAACAUGACAUCGUAUUUAACUCUGCUGUUCAUCAAAGCUUUCGCGAGAUGCACGAACUGAGAAAAGGUCAGAUUGUUUAAGAGUCAAGCCUGAAUGCCACUCUGGUACAAAGAAAAUGGCUCCACAGUUGCUGCCCGUCAAAAUUUUAAGCAUUUAAUCCUGGAACAAUACCUCGAAAGAGUUUGUGUUUUAAAAUUGGAGGAUUGCUGUUGCAUUGCUGUCGUAUCUGGUGCUUUUUAAACCCUUGAAGAGAAUGUUCAUUUCCAAGCUCUUUCUUACUCAUUUUUUAUCUUCAACUUCACAAUAUAUUUGCUCUGUGCACCACUUUUUUUUUUGUUGCAUCAAGUAAUUUUUUUUUUGGAAUUUCAUGUCGGAUCCUUUAGUUUUUAGUUAAAGCAUCUGUUUUUCAUUUAUAUCUGGUGUUGAAGUGUGACAGAGAAGUCAUUAAUGUCACCCCAUAUGUCAGCACAGAUGUGUGUUUUUGUGGUUUGUGCAUCUCAUUUUUAGAUGUAAAAAUACAAAUCCUUUUUUAUGGUAAGAAUGCACCAGGUGUUUGACAUGAAAUUACAGAAAUAUGCCAUUUUAACGGUGCUUAAUCGAGAUUUUUGCUACUGAAAAUGUAAUGUUUAUUUUCCCGUUAGAGAACUAAAACUUGAAUUUUAGACCAGAUUCGAUGUUUUAAAUGCCUGUUUUUGUUGAAGCCAUGUAGUAUUUUUGUUCCACUCACCCUUAAAAUUGAAAGACGGUUCCUGGGAUGGUUGUUAGACAUGAGACGGUGCUCGCUGAUAGUUUUAAUGUCAGAUGUGUUCAGAAGGUACUGCUAAAUCUUGGGUACACCUUAAAAAUGGAAAUUUUAUGUAUAUUGGUACAGCCUUAACCUACUUUUUCGUGUUUGAACUUCAAUGACGACAGUUUCCUCAAUUGUAUUUUUUCUUACAGGUUUUCUUUUUGUUUCCUUUUUAUAAGUAUUUUUAUUAUAAUUAUUAAUUUUAUGUUUUCUCUUUGACUUUCGAUUGAUGCUAUAUGCAUACAUUGAAUAUGUUGUGUGUUACUGUUAUUUCUUGCCAUAAUCUAAGUGGUGUUGGCAAAAGCUUUCCCUCUGUUUUUAACCCUUCAUUGUGGCCUUGGUUGCCAGUUGUGCAUUGCAGUUAUGUAUAUUUUCAACGUUAGGGGUUUGUACAAUAUAAUCAAAACAAUGUAUAGCAAUACCAAUAAAAUGGCAUGGGUCUCCUUGGACCAUAUUUCUUGAAACACACUUACAACUUCGUACAAAGUGUCUUAUUGUACAAGUGCCAAAAGGGACCGCGGAUGAAAAUUAGCAGUGUUGGCUAAAUCUGCCGCAUUUUACAUAUUGUAUGUACUGUUAAUGUGCAUUGUCCCUGAUUAAAUAAAGAAAAUGAAAAUCUCUUUCA